AUAAACUACAAACGAAAAAGACUUCGAACGUCGAAUUGUAGUGUUAGCGGAAAAAUAAACUCAAUGCACUUUUCAAACAAACUUUAAAAAAUAGUGAAUUAAAAUUAGUUGUGAAAAUUAAAUACGUGCAAAAGUUACUUAAAGUGUUAAAUAAUUAAUUAAGUUGUAUUUGAAACCAGUGUGAAAAGCAUAAAGUAAAUAAUUCAGUGAAAAAUAAUACGGCUUGCAAUCGAAGUAUGAAAGAAGGUGUGAAAAUCAAUAACAAAGCAAAAUCAGGAAAAAGUGCAUUUCUACUGGAGCGAAUUGGUUAGUUGUUACAAUUGGAUAUUGUUUGUUUCUAAGCAAUACGGUCAGUGUUAAUUCAUAACUAAUUGGAAAACACUAAAUCCUAAUAGAAAUGCACAAAGUGUGUAGUUAAUAUAACCAUUCGAUGUGCGGAUAAGUCAAGAUUAGCUAACGCGUUUUUCAAUCCGGUACGGGCGUUGGUAUGAGUAUUCUUUUAUGAGAACAAGCAGUCCGUGAGUUUGACUAUUUCAUUGUGUUUCAACAAUACUUUUGUUGUUUUUCACAAUGUUCGUUGCGUCCCGGCUUCCGUGAUGUGAAUUAAUUAUUUUUCAUUUCCCCUAUCUAUUUGAGUGUAUAUAUGUAUAAACGUCUAAUGACGGUGCUUUGUUGCGUUGCAUUGUAAUGUUUUCCAGCUAAAUAAAAGCAGAUAUUACCUUUACUUUAUAAUUUUUAUUAGAAGUUAAAAAAGCGAAAAGCACAAUUUAUGUAAUAAACAAAAAGCCAACAAAAUCAAAGUGAUAUGACCAAAGCGUCACAGUCUUAAUAGCAAAACUGUAAAUAAGGUCAAAGCAGAACCACCAACUUGUUUUGCUUUUUGGACGAACAAAUGAAGUGGUGAUUCAUUGUCGUAUAGUCGCACUAAACUACAACGAACGUUUGUAGUAUUCAUGCGCUACGAAACUGGGUAAAAAACAGGCAGCGUGUCAACCAGUAACAAAAACGGGUAGUGGCUACUAUAUCGUGGUCCGGUGUACUACUUUAUACAAUAUUACGCCAUAAAACAACAAACUUUUGCAAGAUUCUUGUAUUGCGGCCACUUCUUUUGAUUUUUGUGUGUAAACUCACUGCUCACAUUCAUACAAUAUGGACGUUGCAUCGCGAGGAGUUUCCGCCAUUGUUGAGUAUGAUUACGAGGCCAAGGAACCCGAUGAGCUGGACUUAGUCAAAGGCGCGCUCAUACACAACAUUAAACAGAUGCCGGGCGGCUGGUGGGAAGGCACACUGCAAUCCAACGGCAAAAUCGGCAUGUUUCCGGAUAAUUUUGUGAGGAUUAUUGAUAACAGCGACGAAAAUAAAAUCACAAUGAGAGAGAAGUCCGCAACAGCCAAUCGCCGCUGUAAAGUCAUCUUCAGCUACACACAAGUCAAUGACGACGAACUGUCGCUGGCCGUGGGUGAUGUCAUUGAAUUCCUUGGGGAGGUCGAGGAAGGCUGGUGGCGUGGACGUUUAAAAAGCAAAGUCGGCGUAUUUCCAUCAAAUUUCGUUACCGUUAUUGAGCCAUCACCUAUUUUUGCCAGUAAGCGACCAGCAGUCGGUCCUGGUGCUGCCACAUCAAUAGCUGCAAAAUCAGCGGUGACCACAACAACAGCAUCUAUAGAAAAGUCAACAGUCGGCGCCAGUAGUUCCAUAACGUCAAGCACAAGCACUGCAACCGCCACCAGUUCAACAACGAAGAAAAUGAAUCGCAUUAGUUUUCACAGUUCCAAAGAGGAUCUAUUGAAUAGCAGUAGUGUUAGUAGUAAUUCCGCCACGACAAGCACAAGUAAUGCCGCUGUGGAUGAGAUUGCGCCAUCGUUGCCACCGAAACCGCAACGGGAAUACUGUCGCGUUGAGUUCCCGUAUACGCCACAAAAUGACGAUGAGCUGGAGUUGAAAGUUGGCGAAAUCAUCACCAUCAUCAGCAUGGAAUUGCCGGAUAAAGGCUGGUGGAAGGGUGAACUGCAUGGCAAAGUCGGUGUAUUUCCUGAUAAUUUCGUUAAACUGCUUGAAGUUACAUCGCUGAGCGACUCACAACAUCCACAGCGUACUGCCAAAGCAACAAAUGCUACAGCCACCGCCACAGCUAACACAGCACAACAGUUAAAAUCAGCCACCGGUGCGGCAGCCACAUCGGCGGCGGCACACAGCACAGCUGCCACAUCGAAGGUGUUCAUCAAGAAGUCGGGCAGUAAUUCGUCGACACAAAGUUCAAAUCGUAAGGACAGUUUCGGCUCAUAUGAUUCACUCAACGAUAUACUCUCUGAAACAGGCUUGCAAAGCGGCAAUGUUGCCGCACAACGCAAAUCGUUGGAGAAUAAAAAUCUAGAUUUGACGGCAAAUGCGGCGGACGCCAGUAGCCGCUUGGCAUUGAAGAAGCAACAAUUACAGCAGCAACAACAGCAGCAGCAACAGCAACACUCACAGGAGACAAAGACCAUAUUGACAAAUAACGGUAGCAUUACAACAACGACCACAACAACAACCAGCAUGUCGUCGAGCUCCGCCGCAGUCGCAAAUGAAUUGCGCAAGAGCUUGGAGAGCCUAGAUGAGAAGACGAAGACACCACCGCCAGUGCUGACGAAGAAGCCCACCGUGACCACGAAGAAACCAUCGAGCGUUUCGGGUGUUGCUAGCAAUCUUUUCGGUUUUGGCAAGCAAAAGACGAAAGGCACCGACAGCAAACUCACCACAGCUGCUUCACAAGACUUUGCCGACGGCAUGGGCAGCAGCAAGAUGUCCGCGAGUAGCCAUGGCGAGGCGGUAGUGAUGCGCCGCGCCGCCACUAUAGCGGUUGAAGACUCCGAUUUCGAUCGGCUCGAGCGCGCCUCCAUAUUACCCGACAUGCGCGCGGGUCGUGUCAAGGCGCCCAAGCGGAGACCACCUUCGGCAGCCAUCAAUAUUAUUGGCGAAAGUAAUAAUAACAACACAAUUUACCUCAAUGGUAGCAGCAGCGGUGGUGGUGCAUCCGGUGGCGAACUCUCACAAGAAGAAGGCAAACUGCACUCCUCCGAUGAUAAUUCCACCGGCGAGGAGCCCUUAGCCAAACCGAAACCACGCGAAUGGGAAAAGAAAAAGGCACCUUGGAUGGAGGAGCUGAAAGCAACGCAAGUGAAAAAGAAGACAUCACCCAGUGUAGAACCACGCACGCAAGCGCCCACUAGCGCGUCAGCCGACCGCACAUCACGCCUACUUGGCGAUGAUGUCAAAGUGACGAACAGCAGUCACAACUUUGCCAACUCCACCGCCAACACGGCGAGCGUAAGUCACAGUAGCAGCAGUCACAGUAGUAGCAGCAACACAGCCAGUAGCUCCAGCACCACCACCACAAAAGUACAGUCAUCCUCCUCGGUUACGUCGAGCGUUAUGCAGCAAUCGAUGACUGUCGAGAGUAGUCAACAACUAUUGAAGAAGGAAUUAAAUUCAAAUACUAUUGCUGACAUCAUGACCAAAAGUAUGAGCAAUAAAUUCACCACUGACUCAUCAUUAACGGCUGCGACGACAGCAGCACCGAGUGCCGCCGACGAUGUGCGCAUACGACCUAAUAGCCUUUCGAUACGCAAUCGCAGUAUGUCACCUUCACUGUUGGACAGUGGCAGUAGUGGUGGUGGUGCGCGCACAACGGCAAUGAAGACCAACACUACUCCAGCACCGACAGUUGUCAGUGAGCCCAGCUCCAAUGGCAUCGCUCCUUCAGCCGCUACAAGCACAACUCUAGCUGCGGCAAACACGGCAGCGACAGCGGCGUCUAGCCAAAAUUCAAUCGGUGCUAAUAAUCAUUAUCAGCCGCGUACCAGCAACACCGCGGCGCCUGUAGGCGGUGAUAACACGCGUAUAGGUGAACUGGAACGGCGUGUGGGCAAAUUAGAGCUGACGGUGGUGUCACAACAGCGUACCAUCGAUGAGCUGAUGCGGCUGCUGCGCGAGGAGACGGAUCGUGUGAAGGUUCUACGCGGCGAACUGGACAAAUAUGCGCAACAACAACAGGCAACACGUCGGGGCAAAUUCGAUAAUUGGAUGUUUUAAAACGCGUUGCGCUUUUCGUUGGAAUAUUUGCUUAAGUAAUUAUGCUGAAUGGGUGUGACCUACAAUAAUACUGAAUGUAAACGUUUGAAAUAAAACACUUUCAGUUUAAAUGUUAAAUUCUUAUUUUUUAUUUACUGUAACUAUAUAGGAUCAAUGUAAGACAUUAUUAUAAAUAAUAUUAAUACCAAAGUUCAAAGUAAUAAAACUACGAUUUAUUUGUAAUCUAUUUGAAUUAAUUAAAUACAUAAUUCUGACAAUCUGUUAACUUGCAAAAUAUUGCAGUAGCUAUUUAAAGUGGCGGUAAAAAUUAUUACAGCAAUUAUGAAAUAUAUAUUUUUUAUUAAAGUCUGUUUUUAGAAAUAAAAACAUAAAAUAAUUACACAUUUAAAGCGAGAUUAAUCUUAAAAAAUAUAAUACACAUUACUGAAAGUUAUACAUACAGGAAUAUUUAUUAAAAAUACAAACAAUAAAAGCUGAUUAAUUAAAUUUCUGCCGAUAUAUUAUUUAACUUGUAAGCAAGCAUCAUGAGUUCGCAAAUAAACUAUACAAAUAUUGAUAUAUUAAUGUGGAAGGGAGAUUCUUUACAAACUUUCAAUAUGUAGAUAGACCCAGAAAAUUAUAAAAACUUUAAGUUUGCUUUUUAAGUUGAGUUUUAAACAUUUACUAUAACCAGUUCUCUAGCAAGAUGUCAUAAAAAAGACACUCAAAAUGUGUAAUGAUGUUGUGCCCAUCACAAACCCGGUUACAUUUUACAAGUUCUCAGGAUCCGUGCAAAAUUAGGCAUUACAGGAAAAUAAGUAUUGGGCAGAAACUUGGGAGUUGAAAUAUUAUAAAAUAUUGGUAGAGUAAACCAAGUGACCAAUCUUUCUACUCGCUAAAAUAUUUCAUAAAUAAUAUAAUUCCUGUUUCAAUUUAGUUAGCAAAUAUAAGGGAUGCACGCUACAAGACAUAAAAUUUGUGUAAGUAAUAUGCUACUAUGGGCAAAAAAUAGUACGAAUUUGUUCAUAAGCUUAAAAUUUUUAAUUUAUUCUUAAAAAUCUAUGUUAUCCACCUCAAAGUAAUCCCUCUUGACUCCAACACACUUGUGUAAACGUUUUUUCAAAUCCUAAAAACAGUUGUUAAAGUCAAUUUGCGGAAUAGCCUUCCUUGCGCGUAGCGAUUCACUUUUAAUGUCUUCAAUUGACUAAAACCGGUUUCCCAGGAGAGGUCGUUGAGUUUGAUGAAUAGAAUCAGGUGAAUACGUUGGUUGCGGCGGCAUGCUAUUAGUUGAAAAUUUGUUGAAAAACUCAGGAAGUGUCAAUGCAGUAUACGAUGGCACAUUAUCGGUGCCAAAAGUUGUCGGUCCAUAAAUCCGGGCGUAUUUAAGAAUAGAUUCGCGCAAAGGACGCACAACACUCAAAAACAGGGUGGGCCAUAUAAAAUUUUAAAUUUAAAAAGUCAAUAAAAAAAACGGCUUGAUAUUUUUCAAAGGUCUAACAUUUAUUUAAAAGGUUGUUUUAUGAAAUUUAUUUGUGGAAAACAAUUUCGGACAAAUGACCACCACGGCUGAGUUUACAGUAGCUUAUCCGAUCCACCCAAUUUUGGAGUACUUUCUCGAUGGUUUCAGGCUCUAUGGCAGCUACAGCAGCUUGAAUCUCGUACUUUAGAUCUUGAAUUGUUUCUGGAUGGUUGGCGUAAUAUUUAUCUUUAACAGCUCCAGAUAGAAAAUAGUCCAACUGAGUUAAAUCGCAGCUUCUGGGAGGCCAAUACACAUCACCUCUUUUGGUGAUUAUGCGAUUUUCGAAGAUAGGGCGUAAAAGAUUGAGUGUAGCGUUUGCUGUAUGGCACGUAGCGCCGUCCUACUAGAACCAAAUGUUGUCCAAGUCUUCCUCUUCAAUUUGCUUGAAGAAAAAUUCGGUUAACAUUGCGCGAUAUCGCUCGCCAUUGAUGGUUACGGCGGUUCUUUCUUCAUUUUCGAAGAAAAAUGGGUCGAUGGUUCCACCAGACCGCGCCAUACAGUGAUUCGUGCUGGGUGCAUUGGCUUCUCGACAAUUACGUGCGGGUUUUCUGUGCCCCAAAUUCGACAAUUCUGCUUGUUAACGUAACUAUCUAGGUGGAAAUGAGCUUCGUCCGAAAAGAUGAUUUUUCAGUAAAAUUGACCAUCCUCGUUCAAACGAUCUUCUUCCCAAUCUGCGAACUGUAGACGGCUUUUUUCUAGUAAAUAGCGACUCAUUUCGUAAAUUUUAGACUUUUUACAGAAUAUCUGUCACUUUCCGAAUGGUGUUUGACGUUUUUAAUGUCGAAAUAUAGAUAAUUCAAAUUUAAAACGUUAGAUGGCCCACCCGUCAGCAUUUCCUGCUGACUGUUGGGCGAUCGGAAUUAGCUCGGAGCGCACCACACCUCGAUAACUGAAGAAAACUGUCAUAUAACCCUGAUUUUUGAACUGCUUUGACGUGGUUUUUUUGGUUUCGGCUCACCUAAUAAAAAUACACUUAAUUUCCAUUUACAUUUGUUUCAAAGAGUCCAAAAUCCAAAAAUUAACCAAAUUAAAGGAAUCAAAAAUAAUUUUAAAAUUAGUCUGUAUAUAAUAAACAUAUAAUUUAGUUAUUAUAAUUACUUAAUUCUAUUGUUAAAAAAUAUAUUUAGAUAUUUUACAUAAAAUGGUAUGUAUUAUAAGUUAAAUAAUAUUAUUAAAAGGCAAUUAUAACAUAUAUACGUGAUUUUAAAAAAUAAAAUUUGCAGGAAAGCUAACAGAUAAUAAAAAAAAUAUUCAAUAAAACACUAAUAAAUAAGCAUAUUAUGUAGCUUAAAAUUUUAUUUUUAUAUGUAUGCGAAUAUUUUGAAUUUCACACACAAGCGUAUACAAUUAAACUAAAAAAAUAUAUCUGAGAUAUAAAUUAAAUUAAUUUGUAGAAAUAAAAUUUACGAAAGUACACAAUAAUAUAUUAAUAAAAAAAAAGUGACAUUAGUGUAUUUGAGUGGACUUUUUAUGAAAAAAUUGAUGGAGUUCACAACUGAAUCAAAAAAAAUAAAAAAAAAAAUAAAAAACAAAAACAAAAAAUUGUGUUACACAAAAAUCAUUAGCUAUGUGUAGCAGUAAAUAUGUGCAACUAAAAUUAAGUGCGUAAACUAAAAUAAAUAUAAUAAUGUAUUUACUUAUGCAUUUGUUGUCUAUACGCGUAGGCGAAACGUUCAAUUAAUAUGUAUUA